GCGUCUUCUGAUCCUCUGUUCUUCACGUUCCUUGCUUCUUCCUCUCGUUCUUUUCCAUUAUCUUUUUUUUUUCUCCUUUUACUUUAUCUUCUAUCGCCAUUAGCGCAUUGAGAGGCGAGGGGACUUGGUGGCUUACAAUCUUUCCUUUUUCUGGUGCCAUUUCUGAUAGCUUUCUGGUUUGGUCGAUUGUCUGAAAAGAGACGAGCUUUGUCUGUUCGAGUUUUUAUAGUCAUUUUUAUCCUAAGAUGGGUAAUUGCUUAGAUUCAUCAGCAAAAGUAGAUAGCAGCAGCCAGAGCCCUCGCGCUAGUUCUGAUUCGUCCGCUUCAAGAAUUUCCAGCAAGACGGGUCGUUCGACGGUUCCAUCCAGCCUAAGUAUCGACUCUUCUUACAGCGGGAAGAGCAGUUCAGAAUGUGUGUCGACUCCUCGGACAGAGGGUGAGAUUCUGUCAUCACCAAAUCUGAAAGCUUUCACCUUCAACGAGCUGAAGAACGCAACCAGGAACUUCCGUCCCGACAGCCUUCUAGGGGAGGGAGGGUUCGGCUAUGUGUUCAAAGGGUGGAUCGAUGGUAACACGUUUGCUGCUUCAAGACCAGGUUCUGGAAUUGUCGUCGCUGUUAAGAAGCUUAAACCAGAAGGUUUACAAGGUCACAAGGAGUGGCUGGCAGAAGUGAACUAUCUUGGUCAACUUAGUCACCCAAAUCUUGUUAAACUAGUUGGGUAUUGCUUGGAGGGUGAACACCGGCUUCUGGUAUAUGAGUUCAUGCCUAAAGGAAGCUUGGAGAAUCAUCUUUUCAGACGUGGAGCUCAGCCACUUCCAUGGGCAAUAAGGAUAAAAGUGGCAAUAGGUGCUGCCAAAGGGCUUACUUUUCUUCAUGAAGCGAAAUCACAAGUGAUAUACCGGGACUUUAAGGCUGCUAAUAUUCUGCUUGACGCUGAGUUCAAUGCUAAGCUAUCGGAUUUCGGUCUGGCCAAGGCAGGUCCUACUGGGGACAAGACCCAUGUUUCCACUCAGGUCAUGGGUACUCAGGGUUAUGCAGCCCCUGAAUAUGUUGCAACAGGUCGGUUGACAGCAAAGAGUGAUGUAUACAGCUUCGGGGUCGUAUUGCUAGAACUACUUUGUGGGCGACGUACAGUGGAUAAAUCAAAAGUGGGAACGGAACAGAACCUCGUUGAUUGGGCAAUGCCUUAUCUCGGUGACAAACGUAAGCUGUUCCGGAUAAUGGACACCAGAUUGGGAGGUCAAUACCCUCAAAAAGGAGCAUACACAGCUGCAAAUCUUGCAUUGCAGUGCUUAAACCCGGAUGCAAAGAUAAGGCCGAAAAUGUCGGAGGUUUUAGCGAAACUUGAACAGCUUGAAUCUGUUAAACCUGCAUCUAAACAUGCUCAGAUGGAAUCUCCUAGAGUUAAUGCCUCUAGUGUACAGAAAUCUCCUGUAAGGUAUAGUCAGAACCGGCCUCUGUUGCAUGUAACCCCUGGUGCUUCACCUUUGCAGUCUUACAAUCACUCUCCCCGUGUACGGUGAAAGUUCAACACUUCCAGUUUCUGUUUUUGUCUGCCCUGUUGUAAUAAUAUUUGUGUAUAGGGUACAGAUUUGAGUUCUUGUUAUCAGCUUGUUGUGUAAUUCAAGAGACGAAUCUGCAAAGUAUCUUAACUGAUUUGGGAAAAUCCCAUGUAACAAGAUUUUGAUUUUCUUU